UGAAGGCUCUGUACGACAUUUUUCUGACCGAGCUUUUCUCUUCCUCUGUAAUGGCGGAUCCACUCACCCGCUUCAUUUCCUUUCUCUUUAGCUUCCUGAUUUUCACCCUCUCUCUUCUUCUUCACCACCCAACCACAUGCGAAGCCCAAACCCUCUUCGUAUUUGGAGACGGUUUCUACGACGUCGGAAACAAGCAGUUCCUCUCCAGUAACGUAAUAUCGGCGAACGCUCCUCCAUACGGCGUCACCAUCGGCGAGGCCACCGGAAGGUGGUCGGACGGUCUUGUCGUGCCGGAUUUUCUAGCUGGGUUCAUGGGUAUUCCUCGGAUUGCUCCGAUUCUCGAUACCAAGUCUGAUUUCUCUAACGGAGCGAGCUUCGCCGUCGCCGGAGCCACCGUUCUUGGAUCGCCACCGGAGACGAUGACUCUUGGACAGCAAGUGAUGAAGUUCUCUGAGAACAAGAACAAAUGGACUGACGAUGAACGAUCGAAAGCUGUCUACCUGUUUCAUAUCGGCGGUGACGAUUACCUGGACUAUACGAAGGAGAACCCAAGUCCCUCCGAUGACCAGAAACAAUCUUUAGUGGAUCAGAUCAUCACCGCAAUAGAUGCAGCCGUAAAGGCUGUGUAUGGAGCUGGAGGGAGAAAGUUUGCCUUCCAGAACCUCGCGCCAUUAGGUUGCUUACCAGCCGUGAAACAAGAAGACGGAGAAGAAGGCGAUGCUGAAUGUGUGGAGUUGCCUUCCGAAUUGGCCGCUCUUCAUAACGAGAAGCUGAUUCAGCUGUUGGGGAAGCUAGGACGAGAUCUCAAGGGUUUCCAAUACUCGUAUUAUGAUUUCUUCGGCUCGAUCCAAAGACGGGUUCACCUCCCAGAGACUUACACGUUUGCAAAGGGAAAUGCUGCUUGUUGUGGAACCGGAGUUUACAACGGGACGGGCUGUGGAACCAAUUCCGUAUGCUCCAAGCCACGGGAUUACGUUUUCUUCGACGGUAAACACUUGACACAAGAGGCCAAUUUCCAGAUCGGACAGCUGAUUUGGAGUGCAGACAAAGAUGUCAUAAACCCUAUCAAUCUCCGGGAACUUCUCUUUCUUCCUCUGGACAUUCCCGUCAUCUUCGGUUCCGUAUCGAACACCAAGGCUUCUGCCAAGGACACGAGGAGCAAAAUCCACAAUAUCUACGAUAUGGGUUCGUUGGAAUGGGGAACUAAGAACCAGUGGCUGUACCAAGUCGACCGGGCGAGCUCGUUUAUCAUCUGAUGAUGAUAUUACUGCGUGUACGUUACUAUGAAAGAAUAAGCCAUCAUCUAUGGUGGCAGUGUUCGCUUUGCCUAGAAGCAGAUCUCGAGCGUAGUAAUAAGACUGUUACGAGUUACCCAGUUGUGAAAAAACAUCCUUGAAUAUAUAUCCAUCCAGUUCCUAUUAAA